UUAAAUUUGAUUAAGAAUAAUAAAGCCUUUGAAUGCAAAAGUGAAAUAAUAAUUUCAUAUUCAAAAAGAGGCAAGUAAUACAAAUAAACCAAGCAAAAAAUAAAUAAGCUAUUGUUGACCAAGAGCUCAUAAAAAUAAAAUAUAUAACUAUAAAUAUAUAAGAAAGAAAAACAAGAAAGACCUUUUAACUAGUAAAUGUCAGUAUAAAGCCAAAGUAGAUAGAAUAAAAGCUCUUAUGGCUCUCAACGUUAGGGCUCAAUUUAGUAGCAAAGCAUUAACUAGCAGAGCAGGACAAGCAAUAACUUCAAUCAAUCUAAUAAAACUUUUACUUAAAAGAAUACAAUUUAAGUGCCUUUUUCAGAAAUAGUUAGGAUGAAAGAAAACUGCCAAAUAAACUCAGAUCCUGAGAAAGAAAGGAAGCUAAAGGAGAAAACAGAGUUAUACGAGCUAUCAAAGUAGCGUGUUAAAAAUUGGCCAAAUACCAUUUAGGCUAUAAGAAAAAAGAAAGAUGAAACUAGAUUUGAGAAAUUUAAGAAAGAUGAAGAAGAGCGUAGACGUGUAGACGAAGAAGAAGCCCGUUAUCAGGCUAAUGUUAAGAAAGAAAUCAUAGAAAAAGCAAAUAAGCAAAUUUAUGAGGGGAAUGAUCGUGUUAAAGCUUUCUAAUCAAAGUUACUUUUAGUUGACACACUUUAAGAGCGUGAAGGAUAGAUUGAAUUGAAGAAAUAAGUUUAAGAAAUGGAAAAGAUGAGAGAAGAAAUUCAUUUAGAAAAUAUGAAGGAGAAUAUAAGGAAACUUGAAGAAGAGGAACAAAGAAAAAAGGAAGAACUUGAAGAGAAGAAAAGACAUGCAUAAAAGAUAUUACGUGAACAGCAUGAAGAAAUGAAGGUCAAGUAUAUUAAAAGACUUUAGGAUGAAAAGAUUGAAGGAGAAAUCAUCAAGCAAAGAGCCUUAGAAGCAAUAGCUAAGGAAAAAGAAGAAGAAAGAGCUCGUAGAGAAAAGGCUAUUCAAAUUUAAAUAGAUACUAAGAAGGGUAACGAAGUCCUUCAAACAAUCCGUGCUGAAUUGAAAGAAAAAGAAAAAUUAGAAGAUGAAAAAAUAAAAUAAUAUGCUGAAAAGAAAGAAAAAAUUACUGAAAUGAGACGUUUACGUGAAGAAAUGCGUUUUAAAGAGAAGCAAGAACAACGUUAAAAAUUAAUAGAUGAAUAAAUUAAGCGUUUAGCUGCCAUUAAAAACGAAGAGGAAUCUCGUAUUAAUAAAUAAAUCAUAGAGGCAUAAAUGAAAGCAGAUGAAGCAGAGAAGAAGAAGCGUGAAGCAAUCGCUGCCUAAAAGAAGCGUUUCGAUGAAAGUAUUUAAUUAACCUUGAAACGUAAAGAGUAAUAAGUUGUUGAACAAAAAAUGGAAGACUAAGCUUACUAGCAAUAUUGGUAAAAAAAGAAUGUCCAAAUACAAUAAAGAGAGCAUUAAGAAAAGAGAGAGGCUUUCAAUCGUGCUAAAGAUUUAUAAGAUUUCCACAAAGUUUAAGCUAAUGAAAAGUAAAAGCUUCGUGAAGAGGCCUUUUUAAAUGAAAUGGAUGAAGCUGAAAAAAUUAAAUAACGCCUUGAAAAUGAUGACAAAAAUUUCAACUCCUGGGCUGAAAGAAUGAUCAGAGAAUGGAACAGUGAUGGCAAAGAUAUUAAGCCUCUAUUAAAAGAGCUCGCAACAUACAAUAAAAAAUUGUGA